GGGGGGAGUAUUUUUGCAAAUAAAAAACCUUUGAUGUUCUCCCGUAGCAGGCUUGACCUGGAAGUACUAGCAGUUUUUUUUCUUUCACUGUUUUUUUAAGGAUGGCGGUAAAUGAAGGAGAUGAGGUUGUUCUUUCUAUGGUGGAUGUCCUAGAAGAAAACGAAGAGUUAGAGAAUGAAGCCUCUGCUGUGUUGGGGGGCAGUGAUCCUGAGAAAUGUUCAUAUCCUAAGGGUUACGUUAAGAGACAGGCCCUCUAUGCUUGCAGUACCUGCACCCCGAAAGACGAGGAUCCAGCGGGGAUAUGCCUGGCCUGCUCCUACAAGUGUCACGAGGGGCAUGACCUCUAUGAGCUUUACACCAAAAGGAACUUUCGUUGUGAUUGUGGCAACAGCAAGUUUAAAGGCUUUGAGUGCAAGCUCUAUUCUGGAAAAGACACAUUAAAUACCAAUAACAAAUACAAUCAAAACUUUGUUGGUUUAUACUGCACCUGCAAAAGGCCUUAUCCUGAUCCUGAAGACGAGAUUUCAGAUGAGAUGAUCCAGUGUAUUGUGUGUGAAGACUGGUUCCAUGGCAGGCAUCUUGGUGCCAUCUCUACAGAGAGUGUGGAGCUCCAGGAGAUGAUCUGCGUGUCCUGCACAAACAGAACCCCCUUCCUCUGGGCCUACGCAGCACAGCUAGCAGCUCCUUCUAUGACUCUAGUGGGCCCCAUCGAGGCUGACGUGGACAUGAGUAUGGAGGAGACUGAGGGAAAGAAGGGGGUCAAGGAGGAGACUGAGAACAAGGCCUCUGAGCCAAGUGCAGAGGAAACUCCCACCUGCAAGAGUGAAGGACAGCAGCCUUCCACCAGCACUGCUUCUGACCAGAAGCCGGUCAUCAAUGGAGAGACUGCCUGUAAAAGGAAAUUGGAUCAAGCCGAGACAGAGACUUGUAAGCUAGAGAAACUGAAAGCAAAGUCGUUUGUACAGAAAAACACUGCCAUCUACUUGCCAUACAACUGGCGCAGCAAUCUGUGUACCUGCCAGAGGUGCAAGAAAACCUAUGCAGAAUCUGAAGUGCCCUUUCUGUUUGAUGAGUCGGACACAGUGCUAGCCUAUGAGAAGAGAGGACAGUCCAGUCAGGAGAGUGACACAGAAAGCAGAGAUCCUCUUAUGGCAGCUUUGAGCGGCAUGGACAGGGUCCAGCAACUGGAGAUGAUAUAUGAGUACAACGACCUGAAGACUGAGUUGAAGGAUUAUUUGAAGAGGUUUGCCGAUGAAGGCAAGGUGGUAACCAGUGAGGACAUCCAGGACUUUUUUGAACAGCUACGGUCUAGGAAGAGAAGAAGGGUUGAUAACAACCACCAUUACUCCACUUGAACAAUUUCUUUCUCUCUCUGGCAUUCAAGCAACACUUUCAAACAUUUCAGAUUCUUUUCAGGCACUUUUUCCUAGUCUGCUCCUAAAUAAAGAUGUCGCAAUAGGAAAUCGAAUGGUCCUUCAGGUUUCCUGUUUAAUAUUUUGAGCCAGCACUGGUUUUUAAAGACUCUUUAGUUUAAUGACUUGGUGUAGGGUAUCUCAGCAGAAGACAUAGAAUGCAUCGAUUAUUAGAAUCUCCUUUCUGCUUGGUAGGCUGAUUUGUACCAUGAGUGUACGGGCUGGUAUGUGAAACCCAGUGUGACACCGCACAGCACUGCAGAACCUCUGUACCACAGUACAAAAUAGAACUUGAUAGCCAGGAUUUAUAGGUGGGCAUAUGAGUUUAAUGUGUACCUGGUUAAUGUGCGAGUAGCACAUACUAUAUGUGGUACUGUCUUUUGUUUUUAGACAUUUUGAGUCAUUCUUUUUUUUUAUCUGCUUUUGUUCUUUUAAACUUUUUAAAUCUUUUUGUUGUAGGAAGAACAUGUAAUGCUAGAUAGAUCUUUGGUUCCUGGUUGUAUUUUGAAGGAUUGAGACCUCUUUAUCUAACAAGCUGUUUUUGUCUUUUCACAAAGUGUGAUCUACAAGAAAGUAGAAGGGGUGAAAUAUACUGUGACAAAAAACAGAUGUCUGAAAUUGCACAAGCAAACAAAAUCAACAAAAUGUAACUUAGCCUGAUAAAAUGCAUCUGUGUGCUAUCCUAUAUUGUUUGAUACUUGUAAUUGAUUUAAGAAUUUUCUUAUUUUCAUAUUUCAGUACUUUCAGUUUAGACAUAUUUGUUAAAUUGAUGUUUUAUUCCCUCUCAACUGAAUCUUCUUGUACUAUUUGUGUAAAACAGCGAGAUUCUAAUUUGGUUUAAGUACAUCACUUAUGUUGUUCAUAACCAUUAUAAGGCAUAAGUAGUUAUGAAAUAAAGUGUACAUUUUUUGUCUCUC